GGGAUCUGACGUCAGGCCGCGAGGUGCUUUCCAGCCGCGAGCUGUCAGGCCGAGUGUCAGGCCCGGCAGGUACGCGGCGCGCUUCCCCAGCGCCCUCUGCCCCCUGCCAGGACGCCCCGGACCGAGCUCAAGGCCGCGUGGACGGAAAAGCCUCUCGGGAAAGCUUUCCUGAGGUCCAGCUUAGCCCCUCGACACCAUGUCAGACAGUGAUCUGGGUGAGGACGAAGGCCUCCUCUCCCUGGCAGGCAAGAGGAAGCGCAGAGGGAACCUGCCCAAGGAGUCAGUGAAGAUCCUCCGGGACUGGCUGUACCUGCACCGGUACAAUGCCUACCCCUCCGAGCAGGAGAAGCUGAGCCUGUCUGGACAAACUAACUUAUCUGUGCUGCAGAUAUGUAACUGGUUCAUCAACGCUCGGCGGCGGCUUCUCCCAGACAUGCUUCGCAAGGACGGCCAAGACCCCAACCAGUACACCAUUUCCCGCCGCGGGGGCAAGGCCUCAGAUGUGGCCCUCCCCCGUGGCAGCAGCCCCUCGGUGCUGGCUGUGUCUGUGCCGGCCCCCACCAAUGUGCUCUCCUUGUCUGUGUGCUCCGUGCCACUCCACUCGGGCCAGGGGGAAAAGCCAGCAGCCCCCUUCCCACAGGGGGAGCUGGAGCCCGCCAAAUCCCUGGUGACCCCUGGUAACACCCUCACCCUGCUGACCAGGGCGGAAGCUGGAAGCCCCACAGGUGGACUCUUCAAUACACCACCGCCCACACCCCCAGAGCAGGACAAGGAGGACUUCAGCAGCUUCCAGCUGCUCGUGGAGGUGGCGCUACAGCGGGCUGCCGAGAUGGAGCUUCAGAAGCAGCAGGACCCGUCGCCCCCAUUACUGCACACUCCCAUCCCCCUGGUCUCUGAAAACCCCAAGUAGGCAUCUGCCAACAGGGGUGUUCAAGGCUCAAGCCAGCUGUUCUGGGUUUAUGUUUUGGUUCCCUUUCACACAGAGGGUUUUCUUUGGAUCACUGCCAAACAUCAAGAUCAUCUCCUCUGUCCUGAGGUCUUCAGCAGGAAGACACCAGCCGGUGUCACUGCGCUGUGAUGGGGACCUCUCCUCUUCUGACUCAGCCGUUUCUCCAGGCCUCCCCCGGUGAGGAGACUAAGAGAGUGGAGACAGGCAUGGUGCUGCUGCUACUUCUCCAGAGAAUCCGCGGGACACCUUUGUCCCAGCCUGCUUUCCUGGGCUCGGCACAGAAAACCUGCCAAGUUCGGCCCUGCGCUGGGUCCAAGUUGCUCCUGAGCCGACCUCUCUGUUAAGCCAAGUGUGGACAUUCCAAGUUCGUAAGUGUGAACAAAAGAAAAGAGGAACCCAGCAGAUGUCGUAGAACCGACUCCAGUUGAAUGUUUAGGUUUAUGCUAAACUUUGUGUUCAUUUUUCCCUUUUUGCCGUGGUUUGCGUGCACGGGGCAGUGCGCGUUGUGUGAUGGAGUCUGAUGAACUGGGAAUGGUCGUCCACCAUUGCAACAGAUGAUUGUUUUACAAGGAAGGAGUAUUUUUAUUUUGGGGACCAGCUGCAUCUCUGCAAAAUUCCAAAUGGUUGUUUUAUUGUUGGUUUGGUUUACCGAGAAAAGGAGGAAACAGAUGUAUGCCGGCUUUGGCUUUUCUGCAUCAGGCACAGAGGGGAAUAAACCCAAAGCCAGAGAGAGGGGCCAACAGAGAAUCUGACCAAACCUUCUAGGCGUAGAGCAGAGAAGGGUGAUAAAAACCGGAGAGGUGUUUUUUUCUAUUUUUGUUUUUACUGUACUUUUGGGGGGUGGGAAAAGUAAGCUAGACAGAGGCAGUAGGGUUUGUUUUUUUGUUUUUGUUUUUUUUCUCUUUAAUGUUUUCCCCUUUAUUCUUGAAAGCUUUGCCCUGCAGCCUGAGUUUUGGAUUCCUUUAGGAACUUGGAUUAGCGGAGCCAGAAUGUCAAAAGCUCCAUCUACUGGCAGGUUUUCCCACCACGGUGGCAGGAAAGCAUUCCUGGAGGAAGCAGGAAGAGUGGCCCCAGCCGCCUGCGGAACUGCCUUCAGAGGCAGCUGGGGCUGGAGAGCGGGAGGCCUGCCCCUGGGAGUGUCUCUGUGUUGCACCUUUCUUCACACUGGAGUUGCAGAGGCCCCUGCCCUGAACUUCACAGUGGAACAGAUCACAGUUGGUCUUAUCUCCUCCCUCCCAUUUAUUUUUUGUGUCAUUGCCAACUGCGUUCAACAGCAAUAUACCCCAUCUUUAUAUAUCCUAAGAAACACUAAUCCUAGGUUAUUAUUAGCCAAAAUAUUUUUGUUCUGAUGGACAUUGUUUCUGGGCCAAAAGACAGGUCAGGAGCCCCAGCCUGUAGUUUCCUUAGGUUGCCGAGUCCUGGCACAAGGGGGAAGAGAGUUGCUGGAUUGGUGGCUGCCUUGGUAAGGCCUGGCCAGGAGAAAAGGCGGAAACAGGUUUUCAGUCCCGAGGGAAGCACCCUCACUUUGAGUGGCUUGACCCACCAAUUGCUUGGGAGUGCACAUUAGUAUUUAAAGGAGAGGGAGUUUUACUCAGAGUGGGCAAGUUUCCUCGGCUCUUUUUUGCCUCCUCCCUCCUCCUCUGCCUUCUCCUUGCAUGCCCUGGGGUGGGUGGGAAGGGGAUCAGGGAUCCUCACACUCCUGGGGCCCAGCUGGGGAAGGAUGAACAUGGCAGCUUUGAGAUUAGUUGCUGCUGUUUGCCCAGCCUUUCCACCCUGCCCGUGUCUGUGAGCCCAGGGCCGGUGUGACUGUUGCAAGGUGCUUGUAGCAGGAGACUGGAAGUGUAUCGGGCUGGGGUGGGACUCUUCCUUCCCGCAGUGCACUGAGCAAUGGAGGUGCUGGGGGGUGCCGGAGCCAUGCUGCUGGAUUCUGGUUAGGCUCCCCCCACCCUUGUGCAGGAUAGGGAGGCUGGGGCUGGGCAGCCUCUGCUUGGUUUAGUUGUGAGGUAAACUGGGAGGAGAUUUAGCACAGUUAUCCCAUUGAGUAAUUUGGGCAGAAAACUACUGUAAAUAAGUUUUGUUUUUGUCAAAUAAAAAUUUUGGGUUUUGUUUUA